GCUAAGUUCCUAGACUAUAAAAUGAUAAAUAGCAGAACUGUUGGAACCCAAGUUCAAGAACUACAACUUAUUUUUCAUGACCUUAUUGCUGAAGGUAUGGUAGUUAAUGAAGCAUUUCAAGUGGCUGCGAUGAUAGAAAAGUUGCCUCCUUCGUGGAGAGAUUUCAAAAAUUAUCUAAAGCACAAGCGUAAGGAAAUGAAGUUGGAAGAUCUUGUGAUUCGUCUCAAGAUUGAGGAAGAUAACAAAACAGCAGAAAAGAAGUUGCGUGGAAAUUCAACAAUUAUGGGAGCGAACAUCGUUGAAGAUGUUGCUCCAAAGAAUAAGAAAAGGAAGCAACCUUUUGGAAAGAAUCAGGAGCAGAACAAGAAAAAGUUCAAGGGCAAUUGUUAUAAUUGUGGGAGAUUGUAA